UUGAAAAUCGUACAUUCAAAAAUAUAAACCCACCCAACGCCACAUGGAAACCUCAUAUUCAUUUUUCUCUCACUAUCCUUCGGCUCUUCUUCUCUUUCUCAACAGCUUUCCUACGCAAGCUCUUUAUCUCUUCCUCUCUAGCUUACCCUAAAGGGUUUUCAGUUCACACACAAACACACACGGAAUCGUUUGACACUUAAAAUGGAAACUUUGAGUCGUUUCUUAGUGUUCAUGUCUCUGUUCUCCUGUUUAGUUUCUGGUUUCACUCUUCAGAAUCUUCCAGUCACCUCGUUUGAUGAUAGUUACACGCAACUUUUCGGAGACAAGAACUUGUUUGUUCAUAAAGACGGCAAAUCUGUCCGGUUAACGCUCGAUGAAAGGACCGGUUCUGGGUUUGUCUCAAAUGAUCUUUAUUUACAUGGAUUCUUCAGUGCUUCAAUCAAACUACCUUCUGAUUAUUCAGCUGGAGUAGUUGUUGCUUUUUAUAUGUCUAAUGGAGAUACGUAUGAGAAGAAUCAUGAUGAGAUUGAUUUUGAGUUUCUUGGUAACAUUAGAGGAAGAGAAUGGAGGAUUCAGACAAAUAUUUAUGGUAAUGGAAGCACUCAUUUGGGAAGAGAAGAGAGAUGUAAUCUUUGGUUUGAUCCAACUGAAGAUUAUCAUCAAUACAGUAUCCUCUGGUCUGAUUCUCACAUCAUAUUCUACGUAGACAAUGUUCCAAUCAGAGAGGUGAAGCGAACAUCAUCAAUGGGUGGUGACUUCCCGUCCAAGCCGAUGUCUCUCUACACAACAAUAUGGGACGGUUCUAAAUGGGCAACCAACGGUGGCAAGUACGGUGUAAACUACAAAUAUGCUCCUUACAUCGCACGGUUCUCUGACCUAGUCAUGCAUGGCUGCCCUGUGGACCCAAUCCAGCAGUUUCCGAAGUGUGACGAAGGAGCCACCGAGUAUAUCCGUGCAGCGCAGGACAUCAGCCCGUCACUUAGGGCUAAAAUGGGCGUUUUCAGGCGCAAACACAUGACUUACUCGUACUGCUAUGACCGGAGCAGGUACAAGGUUGCUUUGCCGGAGUGCGUUGUGAAUCCAGCAGAGGCUCAAAGGCUCAGGGUCUAUGAUCCGGUUAUGUUUGGUGGAAUCCCGAGGCGGCACCGCUCUGGUAAGCACCGGAGCAAGAGAAGCCGUAUGGAUGGAACAGAGUCGAUAUGA